AUGAAGGAUAUUUGUAAGGGUCAGUUGCUCACUACUGGCAAAACCAUAGGUGGAGAAAAUGGAGACGAGCAGAUUAUUUCCGAGAUAAAAGCAAGAUGUUUCUGCCCUACCCUGGUAACAAGCACCUCUUGGGAAAGUUUUUCUUUUGUUGGCCAAGAAAUCAGAAUUACUGAAGCCACCGACUGCUUCGGGGCCGUAGUCUGGCCAUCGGCUCUGGUGCUGUGCCAUUUCCUGGAAACAAAUGUGAGGCAGUUGGAUCUGGUGGACAAAAAUGUCAUUGAAAUUGGAGCUGGGACAGGACUGGUGUCAAUUGUGGCCAGUUUGCUUGGUGCCCGGGUGACUGCCACGGACCUGCCCGAGUUACUUGGAAAUCUGCAGUACAACAUUUCUCGCAACACAAAGACAAGAUGCAGGCACCCACCCCGAGUGACCGAGCUGUCCUGGGGCGUCGACCUGGACCGCCACUUCCCCCAGGCCUCCAACCACUUCGACUACGUCCUGGCCGCUGACGUGGUGUACGCCCACCCCUUCCUGGAUGAGCUCCUCGCCACUUUUGACCAUCUGUGCAGCGAGAAGACCGUUGUCCUCUGGGUCAUGAAGUUCAGGCUGGACAAAGAAAACAAAUUCGUGGAUCGAUUUCGGGAGUCGUUCGACCUUGAGGAGAUUUCCAGUUUCCCCAGCUGGAGCAUCAAACUAUAUAAAGCGGUGAAGAUAAAUGGGAAAGAUAUCUGAACUCACUGCCGAAUAGUUGCCCGGAGCUAUUUUUAAUAGAGAUGGUUCUAAAGAGGAUUCGCCGACCCAGCGGAGGGAUGGUGCAGAGAGAAGUCAGUCGCAGGGCAAAGGGUAAUGCGAAGCUGUUGGAAAGCCUGAGACAAGCACUCUGAUGACCCAGAGGUGUAGGUUAAUGAAUAGUAAUCAGGAUAAUUAUGAGUGGUACUAAGCCCUUCCUAUAUGCCAUAGGACUGUACUAAACUCUGGGGUAGGUACCAGAUAAUCGAAUCAGAAGCAGUCCUUGUCCCAGCUGGGGCUCCCAACUUUUAAAAGUUCUGUGGGGAACCAGAACAGAAAACUCAAACUUGCGUCCAGCACUGAAUCUCUCCAGGAAGGGUAUAGUUUCAUGGGGCUAUUUAAGGCCGAAGUAGAAUUCCAGGCAGGGUGUCUCACACAUUGCUGUCAUCAGAAACCAAGAGUUUCUUCGACUAUUUAUGCCCACUCAAGCCUGCUGGUGCGUAGGGAAUGUGUUUACCAACACUGUUGUGUCAUACUCUCCCAAGAGCUUAAUACAGUGCUCUGCACGUGAUAAGUGCUCCAUAAUUACGAUUGAAUGAAUGAAUCCUCGAUAAAUACGAUUAUCUUAACACAGACAUUGCCCCAAGCUAAGUGAUAACAGUACAGAAUGUGGUUCACAUCAUCUAUGGCUAGUUGUCUUCUAUUUAAGGAGAGCGUGGCUUGGUAUCCCAAUACUCUAUGUUCAGUUUAGGAAUGGAGAAUGUCCAACCUUUUUUAUUAUAUGAUAGUUAAGUGCUUACUAUGUU